CAAGGACAGCAUGGUGUCUUACUACCACUUUUAUCGGAUGACCUCAGCCCUGCCACACUCUAGCACAUGGGCCCAGUACUUCGAAGCAUUUAUGAAUGGAGAGGUGUGCAUGGGCCCCUGGUACGACCACGUGAAAGGGUGGUGGAAGGAGAAGGACAAGCACCGGAUCCUCUACCUCUUCUACGAGGACAUGAAGGAGAACCCAGAACAUGAAAUUCAAAAGAUAACAGAAUUUAUGGGUAAGAAGCUAGAUAAAGAGACUGUCCACAGGAUCGUUCAGCACACUUCAUUUGAAAACAUGAAGGAAAACCCAGUAACCAACUUCACCAUGUUGCCUUCUGCCAUCAUGGACCAUUCCAUCUCCCCGUUCAUGAGGAAGGGAACUGUGGGAGACUGGAAGAAUUACUUCACAGUGGCACAGAAUGAGAGAUUUGAUGCAGACUAUCAGAGGAAAAUGGCCAACACCUCUCUCACCUUCCACACUGAGCUCUUGAGAGAAGGAGGCAAAAUCUAGGCAACUCAGAGGUGACCUUAUUGUCUCUUCUUGUGUUUUCCCUUUGAAAUUGCUUUCUGAGCUUGCUUACAUUGUUCAUGAAAGCACAAGAAAUUCUGUACUUUUUCCUUUCUCAUGCACCUGGGAAAUAAAAUAAUUU